AUGAAUAAAAUUACUAUAGCUAAAAAUUUUUAUGAUCAGAAUUUUUAUUAUUUAAAUAAUGAAUUAACAAAUGAUGAAGAUUUAUUAUUUUGUACAAGCGAAGAAAAUAAUAUUAACACAAAUAUUGAUGAGGAAAAUUCUGUAAAUGAAAAAAAUAAAAUAAUUUUAUAUAAUUUAGUUGAUCAAAAUAAAGAUGAUUUGUUUUUAGAAAAAGUUAUAAAUGAAUUACACGUAAAUAAUGAUAUUAAAAAGGGAUCAAUUAUAAAUGAAAAAAAUAAUAAUUCAUUGGAUAACAAAGUAAAUAAAAGAAAUAUUGUACAAAAUAAAAAUAAUAAUGGAAUUAGUAAUAUUAAUACAUAUAAUAAUAAUAGUAACAAUAACCAUAAUAUUAACAACAUAAAUAAUAUUAUCAUCGAUAACAUAAUCAAUAAUACUCUGAAUAAUAAAAAUAGAAUGAGUAAUAUUCUAAAUAAUUCUAGAACAAAUAAUGGAAAAGACAAUAUAAAUAUAUUAACUAAUAAAAAUGAUUUAAAUAAUAAUGAAAAUAUUAUAAUUAGCAAUAAUAUUAUGAAUAAUGAUAAUAUUGAUUCUAUAAAUUAUAAUGUUAUAAAUAAUGUAAAUAAGGAUGAUAGUAACAGUAUUGUUAAUAAUAACAUUAGUAGUAGUAUUUUUGAUAAUAAUAUAAAUAUUAACAAUAAAUAUUGUAAUAAUAAUUAUGACAUUAAAAACAAUAAAAUAAAUAAUUUUAAUGGAAAUAAUAAUAAUUUUUACCUUAAAGAAAGAAAUUUAAAUAGUUUUAAUAGUGAUAUAUCAUAUAUUUUAAAUGAAAAUAAUAAAAUAAAUUAUGAUAAUAUUAGCACAAAUAUAGAAGAUGAAAACAAAAGUACAAAUAUAUUUAAUAGCUUAAAUAUACAAAAAAGAAAUGGACAAAUGUGUAAAAUAGAAAAUGCAAAUUUUUUAUAUAAUUUUGAUUCGCCAACAAAUAGUUCUAACAAUAAAUUAGAUAUAAACAUAAAUAACAUUAUAAAAUGUUCCAACAAUUCUGAAAAAAAUGAAAAAAUGAACACAACAAAUGAUAAAUAUAAAACAUGUUUAAAUAAAAAUUUUGAUAAAGUAAUUAAAAUUGUUGAAAAUAAAAUAAUUUUAAAUUCAAGUAAAAGUAAUUAUAAGAAUGAUAAUUUAGACAAUAAUGUUACUAAUAAUAAAAAUCAAAUUAGAGAUAAUACUGAUUAUAAAAACAGUAAUAAUAAGAGUAUCAAUGAUAUAAAUAAUAAUAAUGAAAUAGAAAAUCAUAAUUAUAGUAAAGAUGAUAAUACUGAUGACAAUAAUAAUAAUAAUAAUAAUACUAAUGAAAUAAAAAAUCAUAAUUAUAGUAAGGAUGAUAAUACUGAUAACAGAAGUAAUAAUAAUAAUAAUAAUAAUAAUAAUAAUAAUAAUGAUAAUAACAAUAAGGAUAAUGAUAAUAACAAUAAGGAUAAUAAUAAUAACCAUAACGAUAAGGAUAAUGACAACAAUAACAAUAAGGAUAAUUAUAAUAAUAAUAAUAAGGAUAAUGAUAAUAACAAUAACGAUAAGGAUAAUGACCAUAAUAACGAUAAGGAUAAUGAUAAUAAUAACAAUAAGAAUAAUGAUAGUAACAAUAACGAUAAGGAUAAUAAUAAUAAUAAUAAGGAUAAUAACAAUAACGAUAAGGAUAAUAACAAUAACGAUAAAGACAAUGAUAAUAAUAACGAUAAGGACAAUGAUAACAAUAAGUAUAAUGAUGAUAAUAAUGAUAGUGAUAAUGAAAAAUAUAGUAAUGAUUAUGAUAAUGAUAAUAACAGUGAUAUUAAUAAUGAUAAUUAUAACAAUAACAAUAAUAAUAAUAAUAACAAUGAAAAUAAAGAUCAUAUUAAUAAUCAAAAUAUUGACUAUAAUAAUAAUGAAAACGAAAAUAAUGAAAAUUACAAUGAAGAGGACGAUAAUAAUAAUAGCAAAAAUAACAAGAAUAACCGAAGCAAAAAUAUAAAUAAAAAAAAUAAUAAAAAUAGAAAUAAUGUUAAUAAAAAUAUGAAUAACAAAAACGAGAGUAAAAAUAAUUUUAGAAAUAAUAAAAAUGACCCAAAAUCAAAAAAUAUGCAUUUUGGUAUAAGUAAUAAUAUUAGUAACACAAAUUUUAAAAAUAAUACAGAAAUGAAUAAUAAUAAUUUUUCGAAAAACAUUAUUAAUAACCCUGUGGUAAUUAAAAGCAAUGUAAGUAAUAAAAACAAUUUGAAUAUUUUUAAGAAUUAUUCAAGUAACAAAGGAAAUGCUUCAGAUAACUUAAACAUUUUAAAAAAUAAUGUUUCUAAUGAUGAAAUAGAUAAACUUCUUAAUGAAAGUAGUAUUUCAUUAGAUGAGGAUUAUAUACUUUUUAAUGGAAUAAGUAAUAAUAAGAUAAAUGUAGAAGAAAAAAGUGGAAAUGAUCUAAUUAAUUUAAACAAUACAUUAAAUAUAUUAAAAAAUAACAUGUAUAAUAUGCUUAGUGACAAAUAUGAUACGAACAAUGAAUCUUUGCUUAAUGAGUCAUUAAACGAUUCUAAAAAUACCAUAAACAUAAAUAAAAAUAAAACAAAUGAAAAUACAAAUUUUUUAAAAAUGAAAAAUACACAAAAUAAUUGCACAAUGAACAAUACAGAAAAUUAUUUAGGUAAUAUACAAACAUACAUAAAUAGUAACUCAUUAAAUAAAUCAACAAUAAAUGAUAUAAAUAGCAGUUUAAUGAAUAAAUAUAAUUUAAAUGAUUUGAAUGUCAAUUUAUUAAAUAAAUCAUAUAUAAAUAACUUAAUAAACACAUCAUACAUGAAUGAUAUAAAAAAUACAUUAAUUAAUAAAUCCUAUAUAAAUCAGAAUAAUUCUAUUAUCAAAACAAAUGUGAAUAAUACAAAUUUAAAUAAAAAUACUGCAGUAAUUCCUUCAAAUAAAUCUAAUAUAAAUAAUUCUUUAAAUAAAGUAACAGGAAAUGAUAUGUAUCAUAAUAUUCGUAAUAACAUGGCUAAUAUAAAAGAAAAUUUUGAUUCGAAUACUCAAAAAAAAAAUCUAAAUGAAAAUAUGUGUGUGGAAAGACCUGUAAUAUUAAAUAAUUCACAAAUGUUAGAAGCAUUUAUGCAAGGAAGAUUAUGUUUGAGCUGUGAUUCAUUAGAUCACCCUAUGCCUUUAUGUCCUAAUAAUUCUUUUGUAUGUCCCAAUUGUCAUAAUAUAUCUCACAGAGGAAAUGACUGUCCUAUGAAAUGUCGAUUUUGUUUAAAAUAUCACGUUGGUAUUUCUAUAAUGGAUUGUUUAAAAAAAGCAAGAAUACAAAAUGAAAAAAAUUCAUUAAAAGAAGAAAAAAAUAGCCCUAAUAAAUUAAAUAAAAAUUCUAGAAAUAAUGAAGAAAGAGUUAAUAUUGGCCCUAGAUUUGAUAUUAGUACAAGACCAGAUAAUUCUUAUGGUAGAAGUGUUUAUGUUUCCAACUUAAGUGACGAUAUCACAAAUAUGCAAUUAAGAGAUACAAUUAAUUUACACUUAGAUAAUGGAUAUGUAGUUAAUAUUGAUAGACAAGAUGGGUAUGCAUUUGUUGAGUUAUCUAAUCUUAAUUCUACAUUUCAACUUGUUCAACGAUCUAUCAACAUUAAUUUUAAAAAAUUAAAAAUUCAGUUCAAAAAAACAGGUCAAUUUUUAAUACCAGAUAAUUUAUCCAUGAAUUCUAAUAAUUCAGAGGAAUAUAAAUUAAAUAAAGCUUUAAAUUUACACAAUAAAUUAACAAAAAAUCCAAUAAAUAAUGUAUUAAAUAAAAAUAUAGCAAACAGUCUUAAUACAAUGAAAAAUAAUUUAGAUUAUAAUAAUAAAUCAAAUAAUAAUGUAAAUAAGUCUAAUAUUGCUUUUAAUGGAACAGAUAGUAAUAUCUUAAAUUCAGAUACUAUUGACAACAAAAGUAAAUAUCCAUAUAAACCAUCUUUUUCAAAGACAUCUAAAAUACCGCAACAACAACUAAAAAAGAAUAAACAAAAGGAAAACUUGAAAUUUAAUUGUGUUUAUAAUUCUCCAAUAGAUAAAGAUUCUAAUAAAACUCCCUUAAAUAAAAAAGAAAAUACAUUAUUAAAUGAAAAAAUUGAUAAUAGAAACAAACAUUUUUAUAAUAUAGAUACCGUAUUAGAUCAAGAUAAAAAAAACAUAGCAAAUAAUAGUACAACUUCCCAAUUAAAAAAUUUACCAAAUAAUUACAUUAUGCAAAAUCGUUGUGAUGAUGGAAACAAUUCAUCAAAUAACUAUGAUCUUAUGUGUAUUGACGAUAAUAUUUUAAAUGAAUAUGUAAAAAAAACGGUUGAUAAUAAAAUACCAUCUAUGUAUAAUAGUGAUUUAUUUAAAAAUAAAGAAGAAAAAAAUAAAAUAAUGAAUGAAGAAAGUAAAAACUUUUUUAACAAUUCUAAUGGAAUAAAUGAAGAAAAUCAUUUAAAUAAAAACAUGACAACUGAAACAACAAAAACAACCGCUACUACUACUACAGCAUCUGAUAAUUUAUUCAACACUCAUAUUUAUAACUCUUUAUCUCUAAAAGAACAUUUUAAUAAAAUUGAUGAAGUAAGUAAUGAAGAAGAUUUAGAUAUGUGCAUAUUAAAUAGUGGUAAUAAUAGUUUAAAUAAAACAGUAAAUAAUUCCCAAAAUACUAUAAUAAUUAAUCCUAUAAAUAAUAACAUGCAUAUAAAUAAAAAUAUUUUAUUGAAAUAUUUAAACGAAAAAGAAAAAAAUUCAGAAAAUUGCACAAAUUUGGAUAUUCAAACAAUAAUUGAUAAUGCUAUUGAAAAUAAUGAUAAUCCUUUAAAUUAUCAGUUAAAUUAUAAUAAUAAUUACAUGAAUUGUAAUACACUAAAUUAUAACAAAGAAUUAGAACAAGAAAAAAUUCAUAAGCAAAAUAAUAUUACGUAUUAUAAUUUGGAUUCUAAUAAAAACACCAAUGAAGAAACAAAAAAAAAUAAAAAUAACUGGAAGGAAAAAAGCAAUUAUGCAAAUAAUGAAAAUUCUUAUAAUAUAUGUAAUGAUAUGUUUUUUGAGAAUAACGAUAUUUAUGAUAUUUUUUCAAAUUUUAAUACUCUUAAAUUAUGUGAUAAUAAUAACUAUGAUAUGAAUAUACAUAAUAAUAUUAAAUUAAAUAAUUUUAACUCAGAAAAAAAGGAUGAAAAUAAUUUGCAGAAAUUACCAACAAGUUUAGUAAUAAAUGAAGAUAGGACAAAUUUUUUCGAAAAUAACAACAUACCUGACAAAUCUAAAAUAAUUGAUAAAGAAGAUUUAGAAUUCUUAAAUAAUUCCUAUAUGAAAAAUAUGAAAUAUAAAGAAUUAGAUGCAAUAGAAAAGGAUUUAGAAAGACACAUUAAGGCAUUAUGGAAUAUAAGAAAAAUAAAAUUAGUUAAAUCAUUUAGUGUCCAAAAUAAUUAA